AGAGCUUGAAAGCAAUUGCGACAAUCGUAUGUGAGUGAGAGAUUGCGGGUGUAUCAACUAAAAAGUCUACCAGCCAGCAGCCGUUUGAAGCAAGUCACCUUUGGUCGGGAGAGCACCAAGGCCAACGAGGAGACGUCAGUGCAAUCGCCGUCAUGUGGAUAACACUCGCUUCUUUGGUCGUCAUCAUAGCCCAGCUUUGUGCCUUGGUCCACUCCGCUGGUGAAGCUGAUUAUACGCUCGAUGAUUCAUUUUGGAACGAAGAAAGUCCAGUUGGUGAAGUGGAACGUUUACUCAAAGAGUAUAGACAAAAUCAGGAACUUGUGCGUCGUAUUGGUGGACAUUAUUAUCAAAUAAUCUAUCCGGUGCAACUGCGUCAUCACGAAAAGAUGGGAAUCUCAACUCGCGAAGUUAGUCCCCCAAAGCCGGGACAACGACCACGCCCACAUGAUGACAGCGGAUUCAGCAGAGGCAGGACAAAGAAACAUUUUCAUCGCACCUCACUGCUCAUCAAGGCAUUCAAUCACAAAUUCCGUUUGGAUUUGGAAUUGAACUCUCAACUACUGUCACCCAACAUACAACAGAAACACUAUCACGUCGGUGGAUAUCAAGUGGAUGGCAAUCGGCAUGACAUUGAGCACUGUUACUAUCAUGGCACAGUGAAGGAUUAUCCGGGUGCUAGUGCCGCCUUUCAUACCUGCAACGGCGUUAGCGGUGUCAUACAUAUUGGCAACGAGACCUUUGUCAUACAUCCCUUUUACGGCGGUGAUCUAUCGAAACAUCCGCAUGUGAUUUUUGAGGCGCGCACCAAGGCCAAUAAGGGUUGCGCCAACUCUGGCAAUUUGGACUCGUGGCGCCUAUCCCGUCGCACCAAGCAUCUGUCGGCGGGCGUUGUCGAUGAGAUACACCCGAACGGGGCAGGCCGCUAUAAGCGGGAUGUGCGCGAGGCAACCAAAUAUAUCGAGACGGCCAUCAUAGUCGAUAAGGCCAUGUUCGAGAAGCGGAACGGCAGCACACGCGCCGAAGUCAUCCACGAUGCCAUACAGGUGGCCAAUAUAGCUGAUUUGUAUUUCCGCACGCUGAACACUCGUGUGUCUGUGGUGUACAUUGAGACGUGGGGCAAGAACCAGGCGGCCAUUGAUGGCAGCAAGGACAUUAGCAAGGCCAUAUCCAACUUUAAUGACUACACUUCAAGGAAUCUGUAUCAAAUCGAGAGGGAUACCACACAGCUGUUAUCCGGGGAAACGUUCGCCGGGGGCGAGGCUGGCAUGGCCGUGCCCGAGACUGUCUGCACGCCCCGUGCCGUCGGCAUCAGCGUGGAUGUCAAUGUGUAUGAGCCGCACCUUUUGGCGGGCACAAUGGCCCAUAUGAUUGGCCACAAUAUUGGCAUGGGCCACGACGAUGGGCGUGAGGAAUGCUUCUGCCGGGACUGGCAUGGUUGCAUCAUGGCGCAAUCAAUAGUCGGCCAGGAGAAUGUGCAGCCAUACAAAUUCUCAGAAUGCAGCAAAAAGGAUUACAUUGACGCAUUGCGAACGGGUCACGGGCUUUGUUUACUCAACAAGCCCAACGAGAUUGAGUUGCGGCGCAACUGUGGAAAUAAAAUCAUCGAGGAGGACGAGGAGUGCGACUGCGGCACGUUCGAGGAAUGUGCAUUGGAUCCCUGCUGCGAUAGCAUCACAUGUAAGCUGAAAUCCGAAGCACAGUGCGCCAGCGGUGCCUGCUGUGACCAAUGUCGGCUGCGACCCAAGGACUACAUAUGCCGCGACUCGCAUAACGAAUGCGAUUUGCCCGAGUAUUGCGAUGGCGAGGUGGGCCAAUGUCCCGUUGAUAUCUACAAGAAGAAUGGCUCCCCCUGCGGCCUUAGCAAGUCAGGUGUUUCGGGCUAUUGCUUCCAGGGAUAUUGCCCCACCCUGAAUCUGCAAUGUGAGGCCAUUUGGGGCUACGGCGGCUUUGCGGCCGAUCGUCAGUGCUAUGAACAGUUUAACUCGAAGGGUUCCAUUAACGGUCACUGCGGUCGCGAUGCCAACGAUCAUUACAUCAAAUGCGAGCCAGAGAACGUACAGUGCGGCACGUUGCAGUGCAAGGAGGGCGAGCGACAGCCAGUGAAUGAUGGAAUCGACCAGCUAUACUCGCGCACAAUUAUCUCUAUCAAGGCGCAGGAAUACGAAUGCAAGGCAACCAGCGGUCAAGUGGGCUCCAACAGCUAUCCAAAUCACGGUUUGGUCAAGGAUGGCACACCAUGCGGCGAUAAUUUGAUUUGUCUUAACCAAACGUGUGUUAGUCUCUUUCCGCAUGUGGAUCAAACCAAGUGCCCAACGAAUAAGCAGGGUCAAGAGUGCUCUGAGCGUGGUUUUUGCACCAACGCUAAUCGUUGCUUCUGCGAUAUGGGCUGGGGCGGCACGGACUGCAGUACGGUCGUCCUUUUGACAACACCACUGCCAACCGAAGCAUUGCCAACGCCGGAGAAUACAAUCAAAAUGGAGAAGAAAGAAACUCCAUAUGAGAACUACCACGGCUCAAAUACAGUGUUCCUAGUCGGUGUUCUAAUGUCAGUUGUAGGGUUCGUUUUUAUAACAUUCACCUUGAUGGCAUUGUGCUACAGACGCAAGACAACCACCCUUAAGUACGAUCCGCCCUUCUCAAAAAAACCCAUCCCCAAGGGCUACGGCGGUGCGGCAACGGCGCCCAACAACCAUCAUUCCGUCGAGGAGGUGUCCUUAGAUGGCUCCAGUAAAUUGGUGUAUGCCAAUCAAGCCGGAUUCAGGGAUAAGAAUUUACAUGGACGUCGCUAUACGACGGGUGGUGAGGAUGAUCAAUCACAUGCAGAAAAGGGCAUACUGAAGAAGCAUGGUUACGGACUUGUGCAUGGCGAGCAGCUUAAAGACAAGUGGUGCGAUGACAGCCAGUCGGAUAAUCUGGAGUUGAUUACACAGGAUGGCACACAGACCUCGACAAUUGGCGGUGCGGCUGCCUCAGAAGUGGAGCGCACGCUCAAAUCGCUGAACGGUUACCAUGAGGACAUUUUAGAGGCGCUGCGUAAUGCGGCCUCGCAUCGCGGCACCGGUACUGGCAACACGCCCGUCGGCAGUGGCAGCCUCAGUGAGGAAAUGUUACGCAAAACACUGCAGGACUGCAACAAUGCCCAGCUGGGCUAUGCCGCUGAGCCUUACAAGCGGGCCAGCGGCUCCAAGUCGAGCUCGCGUGAGAAUAUCUGCGACAGUGCCGCCGCACAUGCCAUUUUGUUGGACGGUAGUGGUUCUGCGUUGGGCGGUUUGACACUUGGUGCUGACAUGAGCGGCGGACGGGGUGUUGGUAGUGGCAUUGGCGUUGGUGGUGCUAGUGGCUUAGCGAACGCUAUUGGUCAUGGCGGGGCAAUGAUGCAUCAUCAUCGAUCGCAACAUCAGUUACAUCAGCCUCCUGGACUGGCACUGCAACAGCAGCCAACUGACGAGGAUGAUGCCCCAUCGACUGGGCCGCUGCGUAUACGCAAUCUGGAGGACCUGAUCAGGCAGCUUGAGCAUCAUUCGUCGCGUCACAUGAGUCCCAGUGGCUCCGAGGAUAUACGCAUGUCGGAAACUGAGGCCGAUCGUCACUAUAGAUUAGAUAGUUCCGCCGCUUGUAGUGAGUCCUCGCAAGGCUCGAACCAGCAAGCAGCUCAAUCUCAGAAAACAGCUACAAUUCACCCGUCUUACAGCAGCCGUUGCCGGCCCCGCUCUGACGAGGAUACGCGCUUUGCCUACGGCGGACGUUACCGCCAGCCGGCGCCCACUGGCCGCCAUCCAACGCAUCAGUCGCAUUCUCCGCAUGCAUUCGGACACCAUACACACCAUUCGCACGCCCACGGACAUGCCACACACGGUCCACACUCAUCGCACCACUCGUCGCACACGCACCUGCACCAGGACGAUGAGGGCAUCUACGAGAGCGCCGAUCAUCAUGAACGCGGCGUUCUCGACACUCGACUCGAUCAACAGGAGACGCCCGAGAGCGAAAGUGAUGACUUUAUUCAAGCUCAACAACAGUUAGCCCGGUGGGCGAGUGAGGAUGUGGUAUCCGUCGUGGUAUUGGACCAGCCGCAAUCCGGCACAAUGUCGGAUUCCCAACCAUCCAGCGGCGUCGCGCCCAUGUCGGUAGCUACAACGAACAACGUUAUCCACCAUCAGCAUCCGCACCAGCACCACGGCGAUCAUCAAUCCUCCGCAGCGGCAGCAGCUGCGGCGGCGGCGGCGGCAGCCAACAACAACUCUAUAAUGGGUAUGGCAGUCGUCCCAAAUGGUAUAAAUGUAAGUCAGAGGGACUAUUACCCCUCGCCACCCUCAACGGAGACGGAAAGCAGUGGAAGUGUUAUCCAGCCACUUACGCGCCGCACGUUGCAAUCACAAUCGGCAGACACGGCGGCCAUAAGCCAACAGCAAUUACAGCUCCAUCAGCUGCAAUUGCAUCAGCAUCAGCAAUAUCAGCAUCAUCAUCAGCAGCAGCAGCAGCAUCAGCAGCAUCAGCAUCAGCUUCAACAGCAAUCGGUCGAUACCAGCAGCAGCAACAACAGUCAAUCCGGUCAAAUAACCGAGAAUGGCUGUUACCCGGAAUAUAAGCAUUGACAGUUCAAACAUCUUUAGCUUCAGCUGCAUCUACAGCAUCACCAAAGUAAACUCGCAAAGCUCGUCCGUUUUCUGGCCAAACCCAACGGCUGGCAAAGACAGGCAAGCGUUCAAAUCAUACGAUUCAGUCAGACUUUUGGUACUCGCAGUACUCUAGCAUAUGCAUAAAUAGUUUAAAAAUAAAAAAAUGAAUUAAAAACAAAUGAAGUGAAAACAUAACAAAUAGCAUACAUACUCGUAUAUAAUUACGUACAUACACACCUAGUUAUAGUAUGGGAUAAAUGUAAAGUUAAAAAAAAAGUUAACGCCAUGCGAGCUAAACCAAACAACCAAUUAAUUGAUUAUAUGUAGGUCAUUGCACUCACCCACACAUACACACACACAGACACAUACAUGUACAUA